GAAAUUUCAGCUGUAGAAACCCUUACGCUCUAGGAAGCUGAGCUCUUGCAGCUGCGCCUCUGCCCAACGGGAGGCGGCAGCAUCUUGCUAACUCGCGCCCUGAGAUGUGUAGGUGGGAGGAGAGAUUCGCGUUUACAACCUUUUUGCCGCCACCCGCUCUCCGUAGCGCCUUAGCCCGCUCGAGUUUCAAUGCGCGUUGUUGCUUAACGAAGCUGAGUCCUGCACACCGCCUGCGGCUCUCCCGAUCAUGGCUUCUCCGAGUUCCUUCACCUACUAUUGCCCUCCAUCGUCCUCCCCUGUGUGGUCAGAGCCGCUGUACAGUCUGAGGCCCGAGCACGCGCGGGAGCGGUUGCAGGACGACUCGGUGGAAACCGUCACGUCCAUAGAACAGGUGAAAGUAGAAGAAAAGAUCCAAGAGGUCUUCAGUUCCUACAAGUUCAACCACUUGGUGCCCAGGCUUGUUUUGCAGAGGGAGAAGCACUUCCAUUACCUGAAAAGAGGCCUUCGACAGCUGACAGAUGCCUAUGAGUGUCUGGACGCCAGCCGCCCAUGGCUCUGCUACUGGAUCCUGCACAGCUUGGAGCUGCUAGACGAGCCCAUCCCCCAGGGCGUGGCCUCAGAUGUGUGUCACUUCCUGGAGCUGUGUCAGAGCCCGGAAGGGGGCUUUGGUGGGGGCCCCGGCCAGUACCCACACCUCGCGCCCACAUAUGCAGCCGUCAACGCGCUGUGCAUCAUUGGCACGGAGGAGGCCUAUGACGUCAUUAACAGAGAGAAGCUCCUUGAGUAUCUGUACUCGCUGAAACAGCUGGACGGCUCCUUUCUCAUGCACAUCGGAGGCGAGGUGGACGUGAGAAGUGCAUACUGUGCGGCCUCGGUUGCCUCUCUGACCAACAUCAUCACUCCAGACCUCUUCGAGGGCACCGCCGAGUGGAUAGCAAGGUGUCAGAACUGGGAAGGCGGCAUUGGUGGGGUCCCAGGGAUGGAGGCCCAUGGCGGCUACACUUUCUGUGGCCUGGCCGCGCUGGUGAUCCUCAAGAGAGAGCGUUCCUUGAACCUGAAGAGCUUGUUACAAUGGGUGACAGGCCGGCAGAUGCGCUUCGAGGGAGGAUUCCAGGGCCGCUGCAACAAGCUGGUGGACGGCUGCUACUCCUUCUGGCAGGCAGGGCUCCUGCCGCUGCUGCACCGCGCGCUGCAUGCCCAAGGUGACCCCGCGCUCAGCAUGAGCCACUGGAUGUUCCACCAGCAGGCCCUGCAGGAGUAUAUUCUCAUGUGCUGCCAGUGCCCUGCUGGAGGGCUCCUGGACAAACCUGGAAAGUCGCGGGACUUCUAUCACACCUGCUACUGCCUCAGCGGCCUGUCCAUAGCCCAGCACUUCGGCAGCGGAGCCAUGUUGCACGAUGUGGUCCUGGGGGUGCCUGAGAACGCUCUGCAGCCCACCCAUCCCGUGUACAACAUCGGGCCAGAUAAGGUGAUCCAGGCCACCACGUACUUCCUGCAGAAGCCAGUCCCAGGCUUCGAGGAGCUGCUGGAUGAGACGCCAGCAGAGUCUUCCACUGACUAGAGGACCCGGGCCGGCUCCACUUACCCCUGCCCAGUAAGAAGAGGUUUAUGCAUUGAUACAUAGUAUGUUCUGGGCUCCACGAGCCUAGCCACUAUGGAGCUAUGAUUCUGUCCUUUCUUGUCAAACAAAACCAAACCAGUGGCUGUGGGUUUGGAGAACACAGUGACGCGGUUUUAAAAAUUCUUCCCACACCUGUCAAACCAAAAAUCUCGCAGGCAGGCGGUGUGGCUGGGGAGUGGUGCAUGCUGGGAGCAAGCGGCCCCUCCCCACCCUCGCUCCAGCCUGGACAGACGUCCAGACAUGGAUGGCGUCUCUGGCUAUCACGGCAUCCGGAGCCAUGGCUGUGCCUCGCGCCUGCACGCCACCAUGACAUCACCAGACACGGUGCCCUGGAAGUAGGUCUGCUCCAUGCUGUGGCAAGGUUUGGGGUCUUACCAGAAUGAGGUCUCUGGAAAAGGCCGUUUUGGGGCUGUGCUGGGGGUGCCCCUGCCUCUCACCUGCCACCCUGCUUAUUUGCACGGACAAGGAGCUGGGGUGGAAAGAGAUGGGUCUCCCUGAGUCGAGAGCCCCCCAGCCCUGGAGAACUAAGCUGCGCCUCUCUCCAACGCCAUGCCCAGUGCCCAGGCAGGACUUGCUUCAGCCAUAGGUGUGGCAACUCAGACCCCGGAAGCCAAUUACGGAGCGGAAAACGACCCUCUAGUCCGACUUGUGCCAGAAGCAGCAGCCCAGUGACCCCCAUCAUGGAUCAUGAAGCCCCCUCUGAUGUCCUCAAGCCUGUGGCCACUCUGCUGGUUUCCAUCUUUCUCUCACCAGACUCCAAGCCUGCCCUCCUCCAAGACAGUGUUGUCUCGUCUCACCCAGAGUAUUAACACUACUAAGUCUCUCACCUUAAUUUAUGACUCAGGAUUUAUUCUCAUCCCACCCACUUUUGGCUUGCCGAAAUAAAGUCACGCACCGGGUUACCUGACUGCCACGGAGACAGUGGCCUUGGAAACUGACGGAGGCCACAGCAGUGCUGCCUGGCAUGCUUGGGCCCUGGCAGCCUCCCACGUGGAGCCUUGCCUCGGCCAGCAGGGUGUCACGUUGGGCCAUCUGUCCCCUGCUGCAGUGACAGCGAGCCCAUGCCGCUGACCCAGCCUUUGUGUUGGCAGCUGCGGGCUGUGGGCAGACAGGAGCAGGGAGAGGUGGUCUCAACACCAACUGGUCACUCGCUGCCUCAAAUUCCCUGUCUUGGUGUAUCGGGCUAUGUAUUACCUCCUUGAAAUAAUAAAAGAAUAACAUUUUCCACUA